GGGAUGGAGGUGGUAGCGUCCGCUGCAACGGUUGGGGCUGCGCGUGAGAAGGUGGCAGUGUAGGCACCUGAGCUGCGGGGAGGCCGGCGGCGGCCGGGCCAUGGCGGGAGACCCUCUCCUUUGGGAUCCCUGAGGUGCGCUCCCUGAAGUCCCGGGGAGUCGUGUCCCAUGGGCUCGCUGAGCAGCCGAGUUCUGCGCCACCCGGGGCGAGCCCGAGCCCAGCAGGAGCCGGGGCCCGGGGCCGGGGGCUCGGCCCGAAGGCCUGAAACUGGAGGCGACGCGUCCGGUCACGGCUUCUUCUACUACCCGGUCAGCCGUAAGCGCAAGCAGAGCAGCGGGGCCUUCUACUAUCACCCCGACUCCGAGACAGACGAGGAUGAGGAGGAAGGGGACGAGCAGCAGCGGCUCCUCAACACCCCUCGGAGGAAAAAAUUAAAGAGUACAUCCAAAUAUAUUUACCAAACGUUAUUUUUGAAUGGUGAAAAUAGUGACAUUAAGAUUUGUGCUCUAGGAGAAGAGUGGAGCUUACACAAAAUAUAUUUAUGUCAAUCUGGCUACUUUUCUAGUAUGUUCAGUGGUUCUUGGAAAGAAUCAAACAUGAAUAUUAUUGAAUUGGAGAUUCCUGACCAGAAUAUUGAUAUAGAAGCACUGCAGGUUGCAUUUGGGUCAUUGUAUCGAGAUGAUGUCUUAAUAAAGCCCAGUCGAGUUAUUGCCAUUUUGGCUGCAGCUUGUAUGCUGCAAUUGGAUGGUUUAAUACAGCAGUGUGGGGAGACAAUGAAGGAAACAAUUAAUGUGAAAACUGUGUGUGGCUAUUACACAUCAGCAGGGACCUAUGGAUUAGAUUCCGUUAAGAAAAAGUGCCUUGAAUGGCUUUUAAAUAAUUUAAUGACUCACCAGAAUGUAGAACUUUUUAAAGAACUCAGUAUAAAUGUCAUGAAACAGCUCAUUGGUUCAUCUAACUUAUUUGUGAUGCAAGUGGAGAUGGAUGUAUACACAGCUCUUAAAAAGUGGAUGUUCCUUCAACUUGUGCCUUCAUGGAAUGGAUCUCUAAAACAACUUUUGACAGAAACAGAUGUCUGGUUUUCUAAGCGAAAAAAAGAUUUUGAAGGUAUGACCUUCCUUGAAACUGAGCAAGGAAAACCAUUUGUGUCAGUAUUCAAGCAUUUAAGGUUACAAUAUAUUAUUAGUGAUCUGGCUUCUGCGAAAAUUAUUGAACAAGAUUCCCUAGUACCUUCAGAAUGGCUGUCUUGUGUAUAUAAACAACAGUGGCUUGCCAUGCUCCGUGCAGAACAAGACAGUGAAGUGGGGCCUCAAGAAAUCAAUAAAGAAGAACUAGAGGGAAACAGCAUGAGAUGUGGUAGAAAGCUUACAAAAGAUGGUGAAUACUGCUGGCGGUGGACAGGUUUUAACUUCGGCUUUGACUUACUUGUGACAUACACCAAUCGAUACAUCAUUUUCAAACGCAAUACACUGAACCAGCCGUGUAGUGGAUCUGUCAGUCUGCAGCCUCGAAGGAGCAUAGCAUUUAGAUUACGUUUGGCUUCUUUUGACAGUAGUGGGAAACUAAUAUGUAGUAGAACAACUGGCUAUCAAAUACUUACACUUGAAAAGGAUCAGGAGCAAGUGGUGAUGAACUUGGACAGCAGGCUUCUGAUCUUCCCUUUGUAUAUCUGCUGUAACUUCUUGUAUAUAUCAUCAGAAAAAAGAACUGAAAAUAAUCUUCACCCAGAAAAUACAGAAAACUGAGGAUCUCAUCAGAUGGAAAUAAUAGCACUUUGAAAACUUACUAGGCCAGCUUUAAUUUAAUGGCCCUAUUGAUAUUCACACCUAAGGUGACUAACAAUGACAAAGGCCUUAUGAACUGUGCAGACAAUGCAGAAGAUUAUCCCUACCCUCAUUACAUUUCUAUGCACAUAUGAAAAAGCAUUUUAAAACCAAGAAAAUAUCUGUCAAACCAUUUAUGUUAUAAAGAUGUCAAGUCAUAAUUUAGCAUCAGUAGAAAAUUGCUGUAGGUAAAUUUCACAUUUCUCUGCAACAAAGUAAAGAUUUAGUUUUUAACUUAAACUCUUCUUGCCUAAUGUUGAUGAAUCUCACUUAUACAUCCAUAAAUUUAUUUUUAUUGGCUAAAAGAAUGGUGAGGGAAUAAUUUGGCAAGCUAGAAAUACACUUUCAAAUGGUGCAUUAGAGCUCUCCUUUUUCAACUGUUCUUUAUGAGUCCUCCUUUUAGUGUAUUAUCUUUCCAAUAUGUUUUAUUUGUUAAAUUUUUUCACCAUUUUUGGAGACUAAGUGGAGGAACAUUUUUUUAAAGUUAAGCAUUUUCACGAUUUUUUUUCCCUAGGAUUUUAACAAUAAAAAUCAGCUUCAGACCUUCAGAUAAACUUGAAUGAGGGAAAAAUCAGUUUGAUUCUUAAGAUAUUCCUUUGCCUUAUAUGGUCUUUUCUUUGACAUUCUGUAUAACUUUAUUAUUAGGUUAUGAGUUAUUUAUGUAACAGAUAUCACACUUUUUAAUGUUUUCAUAUUCUGUGAUCUUUAGAAUUAUUUAUGUUCAAGUUUUAGUUGGGAACCCUAUUUCCUACUUAAGCUCAGGACUUUAUAACCUCUGAAUUGAGUGCCUUUGAGUUAUACAUGCUAAUAGAAAUUUCAUAGUAAAUGUAAAUAAGGUCAGAGGAUCUAAUGUAGAAGCUGAUAAUAAAGCAUUAAUGUAAAAAUAGGAUUUAUUUUUGUCAAAAAUGGUAUGUAUACAUGUCCUGAUUUAUAUAUGUUGGUUUCUUUUGUUUAUUGCUGUUUGAAAAUAGCCAUGCUCAUUUUCUUUCCAGUCAGAGUAAGUACUUUUAUGGUUAAUGUAUAUUUUUAGUAUGUUUUUUAAAAUGGGAAUCAUUUUUAUGUAUCUGUGCAAAUAAUAAAUGUUCAUUUGGAAAAAAUAAAUAAGCUCUUAUAUAAAAUGGACCAGAAAAAACUUGAUUGAAACCAGAAUAUUUUUUCUUUCUAGUCAGAUUUUUUUCCAACUACUUUUAACUUUUAUAAUUCAUUGAUAGUUUUUCUUUCCCGGUAAUAUGUCAAUAGGUUCAAAUAUUGCUUUUAUCCUUUCAAAACUCAUUCACUUGUUUCAACUCAAAGGAAACUUAAAUGCCAGCCUCUCUACCCCCAGAACUGAAACUUAGAUAUUUCCAACAUAAUUAUUUGGCUAUAUCAGGAGGCUAUACUUGUUAUUUUUUUAUAUGGUUAUAAUUUUAUCUUCUUCAAGAGAUGUUUUCUUUCUAUCUCAUCACAGCAUAACAAGUUGAAUAAUUAAGUUUAUAAAUCUUAGAAAUAAAGAUAAUAAAGCUGGAGUAUAUUAAUAAGUAAAAUUAACUAUUUCAUUCCACUUAUGUAAAUCAACUGGCCAGACUGGAAUUAUAUAUAGCAUGUGUCGGGUCUUUUCUAACCAAGUUGCUUAUGUCAUCCUUAGACUAUUAUUUCUUCAGUUACGGGUAGGUAAUGUUCUCAUUUGAGGAAUCAAUAAUUGUCAGCUAGUAUUUCACAUUGAUAGUAAAGAUCUGUUUUUGUUUUCUUAUCAGAUCCUUUUAUGUGUUUUGCAUACUGUUCUUUUCAAUAGGAAUAUUUUC